AUGAGCGCCUCCCAAGUGUGGGGGUCUAUCGCUCAAGGUGCUGAAGUGGGAAACCCGCAGGCGUCGACAGAGCUCAACAGAGGACUGCCAGUCCCGCGCAACAAGGCUGCAGCAUGCCUCCGCCCUCCCCUACUAAUUUUAAAAUGCCUAGCUACACAAUGCCGUUUGACUGCCGAGGAGGCGGCCGCCCAGCGACGAAAGGCUCCCGCCAUGCAACGACUACCAUCGAAAAAGCUUUUCAACGCGGAGACCAUCACCAAUGCAAAGGCAUUGUUGCGCGGCCAAGGGGCCCGGGCAACCAAUAAGCAAACGAGACAAAGUUCGCUGCGGGCCACCCACCCCGUUGCAAGGGCCGGCCGACCCUGCGAUUGCAACACCAGUCGCCUUGCUCUACUGUUUCGAUUUCCCUUACCGCCCAGAGUGUGUACUCAGUGCGUUCUGUGUUGUGCGGCGUUUGUGUGUGAACGGAAGACCACAUCACAGAAGCCGCAUUUCAGCCCAGAAAGGGGCGGAUGGCAUUACGGGCAAAGAGGCCGACGACAAUGCACGGUGAGGUUUUUGCAACCCACCCACACGGCAUCACAGUACGGGCAUUUCUCCUUUUGA